CCGUAAAGUAACGUACAAAGUAAUAGGAAUAGAUGCUCUUGCCGUUGCACACGGUCAUUCUGUAGAGCAUAGUCGCUGGAAUAAGAUCUGAUUUAUCGUUUUAUAAAGCAAUAUUUUACAAGCCUUGAAAAUGAGUAAACAAUUGAAAGCAUCCGAAUUGUUGUAAAAACUGAAAAGGAUACCAGUGGAAUGCUCUGAUAUCGAAGAUAGUGAAUUCUCUGAGUGUGAUGGAAGUGAAUCAGAGGAAAAAGAAAUUGAAAUUUGUAGUGAUAACGGUAAUAGUGACAUUAGUGACAAAGAAAAUGAGUCCUCAGAAAGUGAGCCAGAGAACACUUUGAAUGUACGCAAAAGAAUACGUGCUCAGCUGUCUCCAAGUUCUGAAAAUGAAACUGAAAGUGUAUAAGCUAGACCAAAUCUGGCCCCACAGCAUAUGCAAAAAGAAACAUCAUGAAAGAUAAGGUAAUUAGCGCAUUUUCCCUACUAAUUGACAGCCAUAUGUUGCAACGUAUAAUAUCUUGCACCGAAUCGGAAGCCUCUCGUGUUUUGGAUAAAAAAUGGGCCCUUACAGAAACAAAAUUGAAAGCAUUCCUUGGAAUAUUGUACGCACGGGGGGCAUACGAAGCGAAAAAUUUGAAACUUUCAUAUUUGUGGAAUACAAAAUGGAGGCCAAGCUUCUUUUCCAGCACAAUGAGUCGGAAUGAGUUUCUUGAAAUAUUGAAGUUUAUUCGAUUUGACAAAAAAAAUGAUAGAAGUCAACGUUUGAAAAAUGAUAAAUUUGCACUAAUAUCAACCGUAUGGGAUAAGUUUAUUGAAAACAGCCAGAAUUGGCAUAAACCUGGUACAAACAUUACAAUAGACGAGCAACUUUUCCCAAGCAAAACCAGAUGCAGGUUUACACAAUAUUUACCGAAUAAGCCCGACAAAUUCGGAAUUAAGUUUUGGCUGGCAUCUGAUGUUCAAACAAAAUAUAUUGUAAAUGGAUUUCCUUAUUUAGGAAAGAAUUUGUGGUACUCAAACUUACUGAACCGUAAAGUAUGAUGGGAAGGACCAUAAUGACCGACAAUUUUUUUACAAGUUUGUCACUGGCAUAUAAAUUAUUAGUCAAAAGAACCACACUGGUUGGCACAAUACGAGGAAACAGGAGAGAACUCCCUAAAAUUUGUAAAACGAAGGAGGAUACCAUGGCUCGCUUUUCGUCGCUGCUGUAUCCAUCAAAUGAGAUUACACUCACAAUUUAUAAAAGUAAGCCGAGAAAGGAAGUUUUUAUCUUGAGCUCAAAACAUAAAGCCGUCAAAAUUAGAAAAAGGGCCUACCUGAAACGGUCGAAUUUUAUAAUAAGGCAAAAUUUGGAGUAGAUAUAGCAGACCAAAUGGCAAAAAAAUAUAGCGUGAAGUCGGGAUCAAGAAGAUGACCACUUCAAGUAUUUUCAAUAUUUUAGAUUUAGCUGGCAUAAAUGCCUGGAUUUUAUAUAAGGAAACCACAGGUGAGCAGAUAUCCAGAAAAGAGUUUGCGUUUCAAUUAGCAGAUGAACUUGCCGCUGACAAUGAAAAAUCACGAGUAGAACAAAGAGCAUCUGAGAUUCAAGGUACGUCAAAGAACUCACCUUAUUCACGCAAUUGUCAGAUAGGGUAUUAUAAUAAUAAUAAGACCACCAUCAUUUGCGAUGUUUG